ACUCAAUACGAGGAAAGAAAAGAAAAAUGUGGAUAAUUAUUAUCGUCUCUGCAUAUGUCGUACAUGAAAACACACCUUGAAAUGGGAAACAUCGUUUAAAGCGGGGCACAGAUAGGCAGAAGUUGAAGCAAAAUAGCAAAUACUAGCACAAGCAGAUGCACCGCCUCCUGACACUCUCCCAUAACUCAUACAAAUAAAUACACUAACCAGUCCCAUCUGUAAAAAUAUUCAAUUUCAUUUCUGGGUAUGUGUGAGAAAUGAAAAAAAUUGUUGAUAAACUAUUUAUUUAUUAUUUAUUGAGAGAACCCAAUUUAACAAUUCGUCAUUAGUAUCUCUCUUCUUCCAGUUUUUUAAUUAAUUCCCGAUUUUUCUCUGUACUGAAAAAAGAUUUUUUCAUCUACAGAUUACUUUUCUUGUGGGAUUGCUUUUUUUUUUUUUUUCUAUUUUUUUUUAUUUUGGGAGUGUUAGUCUAUGGCGAUUGCUGCUGCAGCUGUUAUCGUUCCGUUGGGCGUUCUCUUUUUCAUUUCGGGUCUUGUAAUCAAUCUUAUUCAGGCUACUUGUUUUGUCCUCGUACGGCCAAUUUCCAAGAGCACAUACAGGAGAAUCAAUAGAAUCCUUGCGGAGCUCUUAUGGCUGGAACUCGUGUGGAUAGUUGAUUGGUGGGCAUGUGUAAAGAUUAAAGUGUACGCGGACCCAGAAACAUUUAAUCUAAUGGGUAAAGAACAUUCUCUUGUCAUUGCAAAUCACAGAAGUGACAUAGAUUGGCUUGUUGGUUGGAUCUUAGCUCAGCGUUCUGGUUGCCUUGGUAGCUCAUUAGCUGUAAUGAAGAAAUCAUCAAAACUCCUUCCAGUAAUCGGUUGGUCCAUGUGGUUCUCUGAGUAUCUUUUCCUUGAAAGAAGCUGGGCAAAGGAUGAAAGAACAUUGAAGGGACCCAAUCUGCAGUCAGGUCUUCAACAGCUAAAGGAUUACCCUUUGCCAUUCUGGCUGGCACUUUUUGUUGAAGGCACCCGCUUUACACAAGCAAAGCUUUUGGCUGCUCAAGAAUAUGCUGCUUCAGCAGGGUUACCUGUUCCAAGGAAUGUAUUGAUUCCUCGUACUAAGGGUUUUGUUACUGCAGUAAGUCAUAUGCGUUCAUUUGUUCCAGCUAUUUAUGACGCAACAAUAUGCAUCCCCAAAAGUUCACCUGCACCUACAAUGCUGAGACUCUUCAAGGGGCAGCGUUCUGUGGUGCAUGUGCACCUCAAGCGGCAUGAGAUGAAGGAUCUGCCUGAAAAUGAUGAUGCCAUUGCCCAAUGGUGUCGAGAUAUAUUUGUGGCAAAGGACAAGUUAUUGGACAAACAUUUUGCUGAAGACACUUUUGGCGAAGAAAAGCUGCAAGACAUUGGCCGCCCAAUGAAAUCCCUUGUGGUAGUCGCAUCCUGGGCAUGCAUUCUUAUCUUAGGAACCAUAAAAUUUUUACAAGCAACUGCCUUGUUGUCUUCAUGGAAGGGUGUUGCAAUUUCAGCUGCUCUCAUGGCUGUUAUUACAGUUCUUAUGCAAAUUUUGAUUAAUUUUUCGAAAUCAGAACAGUCUACUGCUGCCAAGGUUGCACCAGCAACGGAAAAGAGAGUGAAUCAGCUAACAGGGAAUGGGCAGGACAAAACACACUAAAUACGAUUUUAAUGUGAGAUGGCAAAUGAUCUGUCAGUUUGUAGCCUUUUGAUCACGAGAAUUACAAGAUGAUGUUUGUAUUAUAUAGUAACUUGUUUGUCUAUUUUAGACCUGUAAUUUUGGCCGAAGUGAGCGAACUUAUGUUCAUUUUCUUUUCUAAUGAAGCAGAUUCCAUGUCUGGUCAA